CCACUCGUAUCUCUCGGUCUGCAACGUCUCAUCCUCAUCUCCGUCUUCCUCACAAACCUCCACGGCUGCUCGGCGACCAUGACAGCCCAAUCCUUCGACAAGAUCGUAAAGCUUGCGACAAAGCCGAAGAACGCCCCUCCUAAAGCAAAGUACAUUGAUUCACUAAUCGCUGCUACCUAUGCGGACGACAGCUCGAUCAACGAGAUUGCGAUCGUACUCGCACAAAGGUUGAGAGAUACCAACGGUGUGGUCGUGUUCAAGGGCCUCCUUACGUUGCACCAGAUGAUACGCACUGGACAGACUGAAGCUCUGCUCGAUGUUCUCGCCAGAAACGAUGUCUUGAGACUCCGGAAUAUCUAUAGCCAGCGGUUCCAAGGAUACGUCCCCCCUGCUAGCAUGGGUGCUUAUGCCGACUACCUCGACAACAGAAUUAGGGUGUAUAGGGAUUUAAAGCGAGACCUUAUAAGAGUGCAGACAGAGUCUAACAGGAGGAGUGAUGGGCUGGGUGCUGCUUCAAAAGCAAGAAGAUUAAGACAUCUUCCUGUAGAGAAGGGUUUGCUGAGAGAAGUCAAGGUGGUGCAAAGGUUAUUGGACAGUCUCAUCAAGUGCAAGUUUUAUGACGAUGAUUUGAGAGACGAAAACACAGUUUUGGCAUUGAGACUUCUUGUAAAAGACUUGCUUGUCUUGUUCCAGGCCGGUAAUGAAGGUGUCUGCAACAUCCUAGAGCACUAUUUCGAAAUGUCCAAGGUCGACGCUACCGACUCGUUUGAAAUCUAUAAAUCUUUCAUCAAGCAAACCGACAAAGUCGUUGACUACCUCUCCUUUGCCCGAAAACUUCACCAUGUCUUAAAUGUCCCUGUGCCGAAUCUCAAGCAUGCCCCAACAGGGCUCGUCAAGGCGUUGGAAGAGUACCUCAACGAUCCCAACUUUGAGCAAAAUAGAAUGGAUUACAAGAGGAGUCUGGGAGUCGUCGAGGGAGGUAGUAGGCGUCCGAGUGAUACAGAGCCCACAAGGAAAGCUUCGCCCGAUAAGAGCACAUCGACAUCGACCAAGGCUGCAUCUCCUGCGCCGGAAGUUAAGCCUCAAGCUCCCGCGGGAGCUUCGAAAAAGAUCCAAGAUUUCUUCGAAUCUAUUCAAGCGGACCAGCAACCUACCAUGUUUGGCGGUGCUCCUCAACAGAUCAACUACGCUCAGAUGACUGUCAACCAGCAUCAGCAGUUCAAUCCCUUCCGCCAAUCUAUGAUGAUGCCCCAGCAAACUGGAUUCAUGCAGCCUCAGAUGACCGGCUUUUCUCAUCCACAACAACAAGGUUUCCUCCAGCCUCAACAAACAGGUGCCAUGGCGUUUGGAAGACAGUCCAUGAUGCCUAUGUCUACAGGACAACCAGGUGCAGGAGGAGAAUUUGGUUUCAUUCAGCCACCCCAUGCGCAAGCUCAACAGCCGCAAAUGCAGAUGCAGAUGCAGCCUCAGCAAACUGGAUUCCUACAGCCUCAGGCUACUGGAUUUAACCCUUUCAGGCAGAGUAUGAUGCUUACUGGCAAUGGUAUGGGUAUGGGCGGUUUGAGCGGGCCCAUGUCCCAACCUUCUUCUCCUUCGCCUUUUGCCCAACCAUCUCAUCAGACACAAGGACAAGGCCAAAUUCAACGUCCAGGGUCGACGCCUGCAUUCUCUACUCCUCCUUCCAACGGCACAGCUGCCAGUUCCAGCUCCGAGGCUAAACCUUUGACGGCCCAGACAACAGGCUCGAAGAACCCCUUCGCCCCUGCAGGCGGCGCUGUUCCUCCUGUACCUACUCUUCGAUCCCAGCAUCAGCCGCCGCAGAAGAAGCCGACAAUGAAUGAGAUGAUGAUGGGUCUUCAUACCGGUAAUAGUGACGGAGCAUGGGGUCAGCCUCAAGCGCAGCAACAGCAGACGCAACCAGCGGAUCAAGCGGGCCAGCAAGGGAGUGCUCAGGGUACAGGGAUGUCGAGCAUUGCGAGCGAGUUUGCAUCAAACAAGAACCAGACGAAUGGUUCUGCCAAUGCGAACACUGGCGGUGGUGGGACGGACUUCUUGUCUCAAUUCGGAUCUUUGUCUGUUAAUCGUCCUGGUGCUUCCUCUCCAUCUACACAAACAGCUUCCUCUUCGAACCCGCUGUCGUUCUUGUCUACAAACCCUACAGGUAGUACCAGCGCGACUUCAGGGCUCACUUCACAGACCACAGGCGCAAACACCAACAGCAGUGCGAAUGGUUUCAUUCAACCCCAACCUACCGGGUAUGGCGGCUCUAACAUUAAGCCAUUCAAACCUUCGAGCAGCUUUGGUAAUCAGUUGAUGGAGAACUUACCACCCCUACCUGAAUCUGGUGCUGGAUCAAACCCCGGUUCUGCUGUAGCCUCACCGAGUGGCGCUCAUGGAGUUGGAGCCGUUCAGCCGCAGAGUACAGGUUUCCCCGGCUUGGGAUCCUUGUCAUUCCAAAACACUGGUAACCCUGCGGGAUCUUCAGCGGGAACUGGCAGCGGUCUGGUGCCCCAAAUGACAGGAGCUCCCAACCCGUUUAGGCAAUCUACCAUGCUUGGAGGAUCGUCAUCUAAUGCUGGAAGGUUGAACCCGCAGAUGACAGGGAUGGGCGCCUUUAGCGGGUUAUCGGCGUUUGGUGGACAAAACCAUGGACAGGGACAAGGAAUAUUUGGACAACAGCAGCAGCAACAGCAGCAGCCGUUCCAACAGCAAGCCCAGCAGGGAUCGUUGAUCUGAUCUGAUGUGAUGUCUGGAUAACUGGCGAAAGCGUCAGACGUCAAUGAGAAUGGUGUGGGAGGGAGACGUUUGUAAAAGCUUGGUCUCUUCAAAAGUGUUGAAAUAUGAUACAUAGCAUUGAGCGGUUUUUGUUUUGUAAGGGAUCUUUUUUCUAUAUACCCCCAAUUUUACCCCUUAGUAUUUCGUCGUCCGCGAUACAUCAGAUCUACUGUACGCCAUACGAUUCUCGGUAAUAGGUUCAUAGGGACUCGAUUUCAAAGGCUUUCCAGUUCUAAUUUGAUUAGAAUAUGAUAUGAUAUGUGAUUUGGUCUUCUCUUCAUUCAUUGGCACCGUAAAAUAAGAAGACGGA